ACAGGGGGAGGGAGGGCUCGAUGCAGUGAGGGUCCAAGGGGGUCAUGUGCACAGACUUGCUCUGCCAAACCCAUUCACGGACUAUAGUGGAGGCAACAUACAAGUUCCAGGAACAACCCAGGUGCACAGAGAGAGACACAUCGCACCACUUUGGACUUACUGUAUUAUACAAGGAGGACAGGGGACAAGAGAGCCCGCCGAGCUUGUGAUUGUUCACAGCAGCUGCUUUCCAGCCGUGCCAUAAGGUGGCCCUUCAGCCCUCCUGCACCAUGAAGUUGAGCGUGGCCCUGUUCUUUGCAGGGAUCUUUGGGGCGCUGGCCACUCUAUGCGUCCUCCUCUCGUUUGGAACAGAUUACUGGCUCCUGGCCUCUGAGCAAUGCUUGCCAGUGCCCACUGCGUCAUUCGGGCCCAGGGAAGUGGCAAUUGAGCAAGGAGAUUUGGUGUUCGAUGGCGGGGCCAAGGGGGACUCAACCACCUACUACCACGAGGGCUUUUUCUGGAAGUGUGACUGCGUCGAACAAGGCGCAGACGACACUCACCUGAUGUGGAAACUGUGGCUCACAAAUCAGCCACAAUCCAAAAUAUGUGUCCAUGCCUACUUGUUCCCAUUCCCUAUGGACCAAGGCGCACACAAUGCCACUAGCUAUGACUCUGCUAUAAUCUACAGAGGCUUCUGGAGUGUGUUCAUGCUCAUCGGCGUAGUAUCCGUGGUGGUUGGGGGCUUCGUCAUCAUCUGUGCCGCUCCGUUCGCCAGCCACCAGCUCUACAAGGCCGGGGGCGGGCUCUUCCUGGUGUCCGGUGUGUUCCUGCUGUGUGUGGUCGUGAUGUACGUGCUGUGGGUGCAGGUGCUGGAUGUGGUGGAUCCCUACGUAGACUACCAGCGCUCCAACUUGUGUCCCGGGUUCGAGUUGUCCCUCCACUAUGGCCCCUCAUUCAUGCUGGCCCCCGUGGGCAUCGCUUUCGCACUCCUGUCCGGCCUCCUCUUCCUCCUCAUCGGCAGGUCCAUCAAGAUCCGCAGCCGCUGAGCUCUCCUCCAGGAAACAGCAACGGGAUCCUCUGGAACAUUCUACUUUCACUUUCACCUUUUUCUGCUGAAAUUAUCUGCCGGCCUCUCCUUGGUUGCUGUGAGAAUCCGAAUUUAGUUGGUUAUGCAUAUUGUUUUGUAUAGUAUUAAUAGGGGUCGGUUUAGCUUAGGAGGUAGAGCAGGUUGACUUGUAAAUGGAAGGUUGCUAGUUUGAUCCCUGGCUCCUCCUAGCUGAGUGUCGAUGUGUCCUUGAGCAAGACACUUAACCCUAACUGCUCCUGACGAGCUGGUUAUCGCCUUGCGUGGUUGACUCGGCCGUCGGUGUGUCACUGUGUGUAUUAACCGAUGUAAGUGGCUUUGGAUAAAAGCGCCUGCUGAAUGUAAAAAAUGUAAAAUGUAGUAUGAUCAAGACUUUUUUAACAGGGCUGGUCCAGACGCCUUUACUUUUAGACCACUUGACAAUGUGAUUGUGUUGCACCUCGGUCCGAACUAUGGGUACCACUUGUGCUUAAUCUCACAAUAGUUAUUUAGGAUAUGGGACGCGGUGUGUUAUUUAGCACUUUUUAAUUAAAUGACAGAAAAA